GCCCAGCCGAACCGAGCCGAGCCGAGCUCAGCCGGGCGGUCGCCGCUGCCUCCCUUGCGCGGCGCAGCGCGGCACCGCAGCGCCCGGCCCGGCAGGGCCAAGCGGAGCGGCAGCCCCGGAGGACCCAGUCCGCGCCUGACACGGGAGAAGACGAUGAAGCUGUAGAGAUGCUUCCCUACGUGAUUGCCACCCUGGGCUCGGCAGGGGCCACCUGCAAAGCCUCCACAUGCAGCAACAGCACCAAGGACUACUGCUACAGUGCCCGCAUUCGCAGCACUGUGCUGCAGGGGCUGCCCUUCGGUGGGGUGCCUACCGUCCUAGCCCUUGACUUUAUGUGCUUUCUCGCACUGUUGUUUGUCUUUUCAAUUUUGCGUAAAGUUGCUUGGGACUAUGGACGCCUGGCCCUGGUGACUGAUGCUGACAGGCGCCGACACUGGCAGACGGAGCGAGAGGAGCGGGAAUACGUAGCCUCCGCCCUGCACUCCGACAACCAUGACCGCUACGAGCGCCUCACCUCCGUCUCCAGCUCUGUGGACUUUGACCAGAGGGACAAUGGUUUCUGCUCCUGGCUGACAGCCAUCUUCAGGAUAAAGGAUGAUGAGAUCCGGGACAAGUGCGGGGGUGAUGCAGUGCACUACCUGUCCUUCCAGAGGCACAUCAUUGGGCUGCUGGUGGCCGUGGGUGUGCUCUCCGUGGGCAUCGUGUUGCCUGUCAACUUCUCAGGGGACCUGCUAGAAAACAAUGCCUACAGCUUUGGGAGGACAACUAUCGCUAACUUGAAUUCUGGGAAUAACCUGCUGUGGCUGCACACAUCUUUUGCCUUCCUGUACCUGCUGCUGACGGUGUACAGCAUGCGCCGGCAUACCUCCAAGAUGCGCUACAAAGAGGAUGACUUGGUUAAGCGAACUCUCUUCAUCAAUGGGAUCUCAAAAUAUGCUGAGCCAGAGAAGAUCAAGAAGCAUUUUGAGGAGGCCUAUGCCAACUGCACUGUUCUGGAGGCCCGUCCCUGCUAUGAUGUGGCCCGGCUGAUGUUCCUUGACGCGGAGAGGAAGAAAGCUGAGCGUGGGCGAAUCUACUUCACCAACCUGCAGAGCAAGGAGAACACUCCAUCCAUGAUUAACCCCAAGCCCUGUGGCCACCUGUGCUGCUGUGUCAUCAGGGGCUGUGAGGAGGUGGAGGCCAUUGAGUACUAUACCAAGCUGGAGGAGAAACUCAAAGAUGACUAUAAGCGGGAGAAGGAGAAGGUGAAUGAAAAGCCUCUGGGGAUGGCCUUUGUCACCUUCCACAAUGAAACCAUCACAGCCAUAAUCCUCAAAGAUUUCAAUGCUUGUAAGUGCCAGGGCUGUGCAUGCCGUGGGGAGCCCAGGGCCUCCUCCUGCAGUGAGUCCCUUCACGUCUCCAACUGGACCGUCAGCUACGCCCCUGACCCACAGAACAUCUACUGGGAGCACCUCUCUAUCCGGGGCUUCAUCUGGUGGAUCCGCUGCCUCGUGAUCAAUGUGGUCCUCUUCAUCCUCCUCUUCUUCCUCACCACCCCUGCUAUCAUCAUCACCACUAUGGACAAGUUCAAUGUCACCAAGCCUGUGGAGUACCUCAAUAACCCCAUCAUCACUCAGUUCUUCCCCACCCUGCUGCUGUGGUGCUUCUCUGCUCUGCUGCCAACCAUCGUAUAUUACUCUGCCUUCUUUGAAGCGCACUGGACCAGGUCUGGAGAGAACAGGACAACCAUGCACAAGUGUUACACCUUUCUCAUCUUCAUGGUCCUGCUGCUGCCAUCGCUGGGCCUGAGCAGCUUGGACGUGUUUUUCCGCUGGUUAUUUGACAAAAAAUUCCUCGCCGAAGCUGCCGUGCGAUUUGAGUGCGUGUUCCUGCCAGACAACGGGGCCUUCUUCGUCAACUACGUCAUCGCCUCUGCCUUCAUUGGGAACGCCAUGGACCUGCUGCGCAUCCCCGGCUUGCUCAUGUACAUGAUUCGCCUCUGCCUGGCCCGCUCGGCUGCUGAGCGGAGGAACGUCAAACGCCACCAGGCCUACGAGUUCCAGUUUGGGGCUGCUUACGCCUGGAUGAUGUGUGUCUUCACUGUGGUCAUGACAUACAGCAUCACCUGCCCCAUCAUUGUCCCUUUUGGGCUCAUGUACAUGCUGCUUAAGCAUCUGGUGGACCGAUACAACCUGUAUUAUGCUUACCUGCCUGCCAAGCUGGACAAGAAGAUCCAUUCAGGGGCUGUGAACCAGGUGGUGGCAGCCCCCAUCCUCUGUCUCUUCUGGCUUCUCUUCUUCUCCACCAUGCGCACAGGGUUCCUGGCCCCCACUUCCAUGUUCACCUUUGUGGUCCUCGUGAUCACCAUUGUGAUCUGUCUGUGUCACGUCUGCUUCGGGCACUUCAAAUACCUCAGCGCUCACAACUACAAGAUUGACCACACGGAGGUGGACACCAUAGAAAACAGGCAGAAUGGAAGACCUGCCACCAGUCUGCCAGCUCCCAAAUCAGCUAAGUACAUCGCCCAAGUGCUGCAGGACUCCUCGCCGGAGGGCGAAGCAACAGAGUCGGAGGAGCAGGGGUCGCAGGAUGAGGAGCUCAUCAACGCGGAUGGCAUGAACGACACGGAUUUCCAAUCGUGAAUCCCAGGCCUGGAGGAAAGGGGGGAUGGAGCGGAAGAGAUGUGGGUCUUUGCAUGGGAAGGGCAGGCCACCCCACCUCCCAGGGCUCUGCUGGGGCUGGAGCACAUGUGGGUGCAGACGGGCAUGGUGAGUGUCACCCAUCCCCUCCAGGGAUGGGCUGGAGAUGAAAUGAGCAUGUGAGCUGGGAGCUCCUGGUCUGCUCCCAGCCUGGGGCGGGGAGGAUGUUGAUCCUGCUUCUCUUCCACCCACCUACCACCUUUGCCUCCGGUCCAGCAGGCAGGCUGGGAUGCUCCAGUCUCUGUAGGUACGGCUGUGGCCUGGGGCUGCCUCUGUGGCUGGGUGGGCUUUGCCUGUGGAGAGCAGUGUGUUCCAAGUGGCACUGUCUGUGUAGAGAUGUGUAUUAUACCCUGUAUAUAUUUGUGUACAAAAGAAAAAAGGGAAAAAAAUGA